AUGAAGGCGUGGUUGCUCGUGUCGUCGCUUUGUCUCUCUACCUUCAUCGCCGCCUUGGAGCAGACCAUCAUCUCGACGGCUGCCGAGUCCAUCUCGCGCUCUCUCCACACCACCGAACUGGAAUUCACCUGGAUUGGAACUGCCUAUCUUCUCCCUGCUGCCGCUUCGACGCCACCAUGGGGUAAACUCAGUGACAUCUUCGGCCGCAAGCCCGUCCUCAUGAUCAGCAUCGUCGUCUUCUUCAUCGGAUCUCUGAUCGGCGCGCUCGCCAUAAACAUCGACAUGCUCAUCGCAGGGCGCGUCAUCCAAGGCACCGGCGGCGGCGGCAUCCUGGGCCUCUCUGCGACUGUCAUCGGCGACGUCUUCAGCCCUCGUGAACGAAGCAAAUACUACGGUGUGCUCGGCGUGACCUGGGGCGUCGCCUGCGGGCUCGGUCCCAUCGUUGGCGGUGCAUUCUGCCAGUACGUAAGUUGGCGCUGGUGCUUCUGGAUCAACCGUACGUCCUUACCCCAAUCUUCCCCCAACCCGCUCAACCUAACAACCUCAGUCCCCGUCGCCGGCGUGGCAGGCGCCCUCGUCCUCCUCUUCCUGGAAGUGCACACGCCGCGCACGCCCAUCAUCGAAGGCCUUCUGGCCAUGGACUGGCUCGGCACGAUCACCAUCGUCGGCGCAACGGUCAUGUUCCUGCUCGGCCUCGGCUACGGCGGCAUCGCCUACCCCUGGAACUCCGCGACCGUCGUCUGCCUGAUCGUCUUCGGCAUCGGUGACAAUCGUCGUCUACGCCCUGAUCGAAUGGAAGGUCGCCAAGUACUCGAUCACGCCGCUGCGCCUGUUCAAAUCCCCCCUCCAAUUUCGCCACCUUCGGCAUCCGCCUACAUCCACGGCCUUCGCCUACAUCGGCCGACCCUCUACUACCCUCCCGCUGUACUUUCCAGAUCGUGCUCGGCGCCUCCCCGAUCCCUGUCCGGCGUCUACCUCCUCCCCGUCGCCGUCACGCUGUGCGUCGCCUCCACCGCCACCGGCCUCUACAUCAGCCACUCCGGCCGCUACCGCCCGCCCAUCUACUUCGGCCUCGUCAUGAUGAUCCUCGGUCAUGGCCUGUACAUCAACCUCCAGCCCUACGCCAGCUGGGCCCGCAUCAUCAUCUUCCAGAUCAUCGCCGGCCUGGGCCUGGGCCCGCUCUUCCAGGCGCCCAUCAUCGCCAUCUUCUCCCUCACCAAGCCCGCCGACACCGCCAGCGCCGCCGCGACGGUGUUCUUCGCUCGUGAUAUCGCUACCGCCAUGUCCAUCGUCUUUGGCGGCGUGAUCUUCCAGAACCGUAUCCGCGCGUUUAAGAGCGACAUCGAGGGCGUUGUGUCUCCCGAGUUGACGGAGCUGAUCACGUCCGGCGGUGCCACGACUGCGUCCGACCAGAUUCGCGCGUUGCCCGCGGCCGCCCGGAGUCUCGUCAGGGAUCGCUACAACACGGCGCUGCGGAGUGAGUGGAUCUUUUACACCGCGCUCUCCGGGGCGGCGUUGCUGCUGAGCGUGUUCAUUAGCAAACAGGUCCUCUCGCGGGACCACAAAAUGAACAAGACGGGUCUCGAUGUGCAGGAGGCGAGUCGUCUGGAAGAGCUGGAGAAGGAGAAGAAGGCAGCGGCGACUGAUGCAGUAUAG